AUGCAUAACUCGGCGAACUUGGUGGAUGGUAUCUGCAUAAUACUGUCCGUUUGCGGAUCCUCGUCUACAUACGUUUCCUAUCAAGGGAAAAAACACUUCAUCGUAUGCAGGAGCCCUCAAUCCCUGCCCGUCAUCUGCCCGACACUACACUUAAGACUGUCUAAGGUCCGAAGCAAACGCGCGUUGCUAGCAUUUGGGAGAUUUCUUAAGUCAGUAGACCAUUGUUAUAAUAAACUAUUUAUUGUUCGUUGA